AAUCACCACCGGGUUGGCAGUUGACCCUCUUCCGACCGUCCAACCGACGCAACUCGUGACUGGUUGUACAUACAAACAACCUACCUGCUUGACUGGACCACCAGCAGUUGUUUCAUGGGGCCAGACGACCCCCCAGAGGAAUCUAAAAUGGAAAUAACUCGUCGGUUAAAGCUGCUGUGAAACAAAAAGACGAACCAUGUGGAGAGUUCAAGGAUUUAUUGGAAGAGUUCUGCAUAGAUACCAUGCCAAUACCCCCCUGCGACUGCCCCAGAACCACCAUGUGGAGGACGAGGUCAUCAACACCUCCACUGUCCUCUCCACCUCUCGACAUCCCUCUGACAGCAGCUCUCAGAAAGAGGAAGAUGGAGAGAGGAGGAAGAAACAGAGGACCUUUCAGUACGGCUACACUGAGCUCCCACGUUACACAGCGCUGGAUGCUGUGGGAUGGGGUGCAGCAGCGGCUCUGUUCAUGCAGAUCUGCAGGAGGAUCCACUCCCAGUUCUCCUCAGGCACUGAGCCCAGUCCGACCCCUGGAUCCCUAACAGCACCCUCCACUUUGCAGAAGUGUGGCUACCGCAUCCUGCUGGAGAUCUUAUCUAGGCGAGAUGUUCUGCCCAGAGGAAGGAGUGUGUUGUGUCUGCAGGGGGUGCCCAAAAACCAGAAUCAAGAUCAGUCCUUGUCUCAGACCAGUAGCAGCAGCAGCAGCAGCAGCAGCAGCAUUAGCAGCAGCAGUAGCAGCAGUAGUGGAGGUGAUGCCAGUCCUCAAAGCAGCAGUCAGCAGGAACAUCAGACUGCUGACUUUGUCAUCUCAGACCACCAGAGGGAACUCCUGAUCCAGGAUUCAUCUAUACCUGAAGAAUCAUUGCUGUCAGCAUCCUGUCCUCUGCAGAAUGACGCCAACAAAGACAACACUGAGACCAAAGAUGCUAAUGACCAGGACAUGUUGUCGGAUGAGGAGAGGCUGGCUGGAGCAGCACUGAACCUCAGACAUGUGGGAGACACCAGUGUUCCUGUUGUCUUAAACAUUAUCGGUCUAGAAAGUGCCAAGAGGGAGAAAUACGAUGAAGCUUUCACCUGUUUUCUGGCUGCAGCUCAGCAGGGUUACUGUAAGGCCCAAUUUAACACAGGCGUGUGCUACGAGAAGGGCAGGGGAGUCAGCAAGGACAAGGAGAAGGCUCUGUAUUACUACAAUCAGGCAGCAGCAGGGGGUCACAGACAGGCUCAGUAUCGCUAUGCAAAGCUGCUCCUGACCAGCAGGGACCACCAGAGUGUAGAAGAGCUGAACACGGCUAUCAACCUGCUGGAACAGGCUUCUGCAGCUGGGCUCACUAAGGCUCAGGUCUGUCUGGCCUCUGUCUACUCUCAGGAGCCGGUGAGAGACGGGCGCAAGUCAGUCCGGUACCUGCAGAUGGCAGCAGAGAGCAGAGACGGCACCGCUCUGCUAUUCUUGGGUCAAUGUUACGAGAGCGGCUUCGGGGUUCAGCAGAAUCUGAGGACGGCGAUUGAAUUCUACAAACGAGCAGCUAAAGCAGGGAACAAGCAGGCUAAGAUCUUACUGAUGCCUCCUAACGAGACAGACAGGAAGGCUGAAGACGCUGUGUUGCGCUCCAUCCGUUCAGCUCCGUGUUUCUCUGUGUCCGACCUUCGCCUCCAGCAGCCCCUCUCUUCAAUGGCCGGUCGUGUCCCUUCCUCCGCCAGUCACCCCAUCACCCUUUCCCUCCUGCAUCACUCCCAGAGCACCGGGAGCCUGCGUGUCCCUCCGUCCUCCUCACCUCUUCACCUCCAUCCCCACAGCACAGAGGGAGGAAACUGCCGGUGGACCGUGGGGGUUGGAUAGUUAAUCCGAGGCAGUGCAGGCCAAACUGAGGAAUGUAUUUCACAGUGUGAAUGUAUCGUCACCAGCGGAGAAAGGUCAAAGUGUGUAAGGAGUGUUCAUAUUGUGAUGUCUGGAUUAGACCGAAUAGAUUUUAUACUUCAUGUGAAUGUUUUAUUAUAUAAGUAUUAAUUUGAGGUUUUUUAUAAGUCUGAAAGAGCUGUUGAGCACCAAGUUGUGAAAGAUAUAAAAGUUUUUCUUGUAUUUGUUUAUAUACAGUGUAGUGUUUUCUCUUAUAAGCUCCCUUAUAACUUCUCCUGUGGAUAAGAAAAUGUGAUCUAGGUGCCUUUUGGUGGGUCUCAGAUAGUGACUUGUUGCUCUCCACUUAUGUGGAAAUGUGGGAUUUAUCAUGUAAAAAAAAAAAGUUUUGUCUCCUGCAAACUGUAUCGCCUGAUACGCACAGCUGAAACUGACAAAGUGCUUUACAUAUGUGUCAUAUUUUAAAGAUAACCUUCAGUAAUACAGAGUCUGAAUGGACGUAGUAUUGAUUUAUGUUUCAAAAUGAAUAAUGUCAGAAGCAAAAAAAAGGGAAGUUAAUAAAUGUUUUGGAACCAGUUAUCUGUCAAAAUGCCAAAGUGAAUUAUGAUGCACUGUGAGGAGGAUUUUCUAUUGUUUGCACUGUACGCACAUGCUUAGUAAAAUAAAAAAGAAUACUAAAAAGGUG